GCAAAGAGGAAGAAAAAUCUGAAUCUGCGCGCGGAGUCAAUCCCUUCUGAUCCGUUUAGUAAACAAAACAUAUUUGCACUUAUAGAAUGGCGAAAAGGCAAAUCGACCACGCUGGCCAUAAAGAUGACACUUACGUGGUUUCAGAGAGUUUAUCUGACAGCGGCAGCAAAGUGGAAGAUGAUGGAGUAGGAGAAAACGACGCGCCUGCCAUUUUUCUGUGCGGGAAAUGCAGACUGCCUUUCGGAGACUCGCUCUCAUGGGCCGGGAGCGACGACGAGCAGAAUCAGAUCUUGUUAAAGCGUGUUAAUGACAACGUUGUGAUUGGUAAAGAACCUUUUGUCUCUGGCACAAGUGAAGAACUAAGAGGCCUUGUUGUGAAUCUCACCUGUCGGGGUUGUGGCUUCAACCUAGGACAUAUGUACAUGUCCACUCCAAAGUCACUGGACUACAAAAGGUCCGUUUUCUGCCUCAUGGUUGAAAACAUUGAGAGUUAUGUUUUAGGCUCUCCUGACCAGCAGAUGGCAGCAGUGGACAGAGAAGAAAGGCCUGUUACAUUAGAGUACAUGGACAAUGUUGAGCAACAGAUGACCAAGAUAAAAUCUCUAGCAGUGACAGUAGGACAGCGGCUCUUGGAAAUCGAGGUUGACCUCCAGUGCAAGUCUGGGACGACUUAACCAGAGCUGCACUUAGCUUGCCGUUUUUCUUCGGGUGUUUGUCUUCUGCUCCUGUUCCACAAGGCUUUGCUACAGUAUAGCAUGUUGUUCACGCUCAAAAAAUCUGUUAUUUGCUAAAAAAAAAAAAAAAAAUCCCAUGAUAACACACCAAAUUGUUAUUUUGUUGUUUGUUGUUGUUUAUCUCUUUCUACGUAUUCUGUUUUCUGUUAUUUACAUGAGGUUUCAGAUAAGCUUAUAUUUUGUAAUCCUGUGUAUUAAGUAAAAAAAAAAAUUGUUUUUGUU